AUGUCGAGCGAACAGCAACAAGAAGUUUCGGCUGCACCAUCAAUGCCUGACGUUGGUACAACUCAAAAUGUUGAUAAUUCCCGAACAUCAGGUGUUUUUCUUGACGAAAAACAAUCUUUACCAACUGAUUUCGAUGCAAAACCUCUUCAGCGUGCUGAAUUACGUCAAUCAUUAGUAAAUCCUGAAUUAAAACCAAUUCGUCGUAUUAUCGCUGAAGAUAUUGAAUGGAGUUUACGUAUUGUACCUACUCUGACUGAUCUCUCACUAAAUUCUAUUGUGAAAAAUUUUGAUACUCAUCCCAAACAUGAUGAAUUAUUAACGGAACAUCGUCAACAAUUAUUAAAAUCAUUAUCAACACAAGUACCACUCAAAGUCACGGCACCACUCAUUCAAGAUGAACAAUAUUGGAAACGUUGUUGUCUAGAAAAAUGGCCUGUUUGUGAUGUGAAAUUGUACGAUAAUUCAUGGAAACGUCUUUAUUUUGAGAAAACAGUCGAAGAUAUUAUUGAACAUUUUGUGCCAAGUACAGGCGAUCCCAAACGAUUAUAUGAAUAUAUUGAGUUAGGUGCUGAGUAUAUUAUUCGUCUUGAUAUUAAACAAUUAUUACCGCCUGUCGAAAUGCACGAUAAAAUAGCGCAAUUAGAUGAAGAACAAGGUGAUGAUGACGAUAAUGAUGGACCCGAUGGAACAGAUGUAGAAGUUAGAAAACCAUUGUGUGAUCAUUUUGAUUUUACCGAUCUUAUAAAACGUUUACCAAAUUUACAAGAAUUACAUUUAGUCUAUGGUGUCAAAGAUUGUGGUAUGAAUUUUGAUUGGAAUAUGUUUGAAUUCACCAAAAAAGAUUGUCAGUUAUUAUCGAAAUCUGUUCUACAUUGUAAAACGUUACGCGUAUUGCAUAUACAUCGUAGUAAAAUUGAUGAUUAUCGUAUUCGUAUGUUAAUUAGAGAUGGUCUUCUUGAUCAUCCAACAUUAGAAGAAUUAAAUUUAGAACAUAAUCAAAUUAGUGAUCGUGGAUGUCGUGCUAUUGCCAAACUGCUGAAUGGUCAUUCAAAAUUAUUACGCUUGAAUUUAUGUAACAAUAAUAUCGGACCGCAAGGUGCUCAAGCCAUAGCAUAUGGUUUAACUAAAUCAAUAACAAUUGAAUAUUUAAAUUUACGUUUAAAUCGUAUUGGUGAUGAAGGUGGCCAAUCGAUUUGUCUCGCAUUAUUAAUGAAUCAAACAUUAAAAGAAUUAAAUUUAUCGUGUAACAAUCUUACUGAACCAACGGGAAAUAAAUUGGCAGAAAUUUUAAAUCGUAAUAAAACAUUGUUAACAUUAGAUUUAUCAGCAAAUCGUUUAGGACAAGAUAUUGGAAAGUCACUACAAGAAUGUUUACAAGAAAAUUCAACAAUAUUAAAUUUAGAUCUAAGAAUGACCGAAUGUGGACAAGAAUCAGAAUAUAUUAUCAAUCAAAUAUUAAAACAAAAUAAAGAAAAUGAUCGACUACAAAGAAUUGGAGAAAAAAAUCAACAAGAUACAAAUGGAAGAACGUAUAAUGCAAAGGGUUAUCUCUCUCCGAAUAGCGCAUUCAUUCAAGAUAAGGUUGCCGAGAAAUCAACUGAAUUGACAAUAGUUAAACGAGCUACGAACGAUGAUGGUGAUAAUAAUGAUAAUGACGAUAAAGUUGAACAAGAUGAUAUGGAGAACGACGAAGAUGAAGAGGACAUAGACGAUGGAGAAACAGAUAAAUGUAAUCAGGACAAUACAGUAAGCUUUAAAUAAUCAUAAUCUUCGUUCGACUCAUUUUGUCCAUAAUUUGACUAAAUCAAUCUGUUGCUCAUACGUAAUUAAUACUAAACACUGAUAUUGUAAAUAUGACGCCAGUAGAAUUAAAAGUGAUUCAUAUCUCGAUGAUAGACGAAUCAUCGGAUAAAAGAGAUUAGAUGACUAUUCUUUUGUUUUAUAAAUAUUUAGUAUUCUGUGCUUAUUGGGGGUAAAAAAUAUCUGAAAGUCAUUGUUAAUGUGGAUAAAGUAUUGGGUCUUCAUUAUACAAAAGAGCAGUCAAAUAAAAGGGCAAUUACAUUGAUGCGUCGACA